AUGGAGGACCCCGACAGCACACAGCCUUGGGGGCCCCCGCCCCAUUCCGGGCUGGCGCAGAGGGUGCCUCCCUCCCCGCAGCAGCAGCGCCCGUACGUAGCAGCAGCAGCAGCAGCGCAACUGCAGCAGCAGCAGCAGCAGCAGCAGCAGCAGCAGCAGCAAGUGCUGCUGCCGCGGACUGCAGCCGCCCACCCCUACCCACCCCAGCCGCAGCCUCGGCCUCAGCCGCAGCUAACUGAGGCCUUCGACCCUCACAGCUGCUGCCUCGAGCUGUCCCGCCUGCCUGCAAGCAGCGCAGCAGCUCCAGAGCCCCUGCUGCAGCAGCCGUUUCAGCAGCAGCAGCAGCAGCAGCAGCAGCAGCAGCUCAGCAGCACAGUUCUCUAUCAGCCGUGGGGGCAUUUGCAAGCAGGAUACCCCACUCCGGCGCUCGCUGACUGCGCCCUGCCAGCCCCCGCUCCUCCUCCAAGCCCCACAAUCGGCUGGGGCCCCUGUGGGCCCCCCUGUGGGCCCCCGCCAGGGGCCCCCUGCGCCGCGGGUCCCUGUGGGGCCCCCCCUGGCGCGGCCCUUGGGGGCCCCCACGUGGCCCCCGCUGGGCCCCGCCUGGGGGCCCCUCACGGGGCCCCCCACGGGGCCCCCCAGGGGGCCCCCCACGGGCCGCCCGCUGGAGUUGCCGUCGGCGCCCCCGCAGGGGCCCCCCUAGGGGUUUCCCACGGGGCCCCUCCUGGGCCCCCUCCCGGGGCGCUGCACGGGGCCCCGCUGGGGGCCCCCCUGGGGCCCCCCCUGGGGCCCCCCCUGGGGCCCCCGCUGGGGCCCCCCCUGGGGGCCCCCCUGGGGGCCCCCCUGGGGGCCCCCGCGGGGGGCCCCCCGCGAGUGAGCUGCGCGCGGGAAGAGGGGGAGGAGGAGGAGAAGGAAGAGGCGGACUCGGAAGUGGAGGAGGAGGAGGGCCGUUGCGUGCCGGGGGUGGUGUGGACUUGGCUGCGAGCUUUUUUUCCAAACACUCCGCCUUUUGUUUGGUUUUUUUUGCAAUUCUUUGUUUGCUUUUUGCUGCUGCUGAUGGGUUUGGAAAGCAUUUCCGCAGCCAAGGCCGACUUCUUCUUGGCGCGCGCGCCCGCGCACUGGACGCCCGCUUCCAAGGACGCGAAGCCUCCGCUCGAAGUCAUAGGGGAUGUCACCAGCCACUCGCUGCUGCUAAACGGAUCCACUGCUUUUUUCCAUGUGGUGUUGUUGAACAUUUGCUUCUUCCUUUGCUUCAUGCUGGCCAGGGUGGUGGUCAUCCUCGGGCUGCUGCAGGCGGUGCGCCACGGCAUGCCUGCAGCCACUGCCUUUGCUGCCACAAUAGACCCCGAGAUCUUUUAUGUUCCCUGGAGCAUUUUCGUCUACGUGUGGUGGCUCGGAAACGCGAAAGAAAGCCACUACCUGAUUCUGUCGAAGACCAGCGAGGAGCCCCCGGAGCCUUUGAUGCACUUCCUGCUGCUCGGCCCUUCGCUGCUGUUCUCCCGCGCGCUGCUGCGGAUGAUUCAAGUCACCAACAUUGUGCUGAUGGUCUUGGCGCUGCGGCGGCUGCUGCUGGCCAUUAUGGUCUUUUGCUUCGAACUCGGCUUCCUCAUGAGCAUGAACGCCCAAGUCGUCAACUACCUCCAGCGCUCCUCCGCAGUCCGCAAGCUCAACGCCAAGUGGCUCGCUGCGGCGUACGCCUCGCAGCAGCAGCAGCAGCGCAGCAGCAGCAGCAGCAGCCUGCCGCGAACAAGACAAAGAAGCAAACAAAGAAGCAAUCCCUCCACAGAAGAUCAAACCCUUGCUGAGGAUGCGCUGGAAUGGGAAGGCUGCACUUUAAACCAGCAGCAGCAGCAGCAGCAGCAGCAGCAGCAGCAGCAGCAGCAGCAGCAGCAGCUACGUGCUGCUCAGGGCGGCGGUGCUGCAACGCCGCACCUUUACAAACACCGCGCCAGCCUUCUACAGUCUUCAGACCACCAGAAGGCUACCAAAUCCCAGCAGCAGCAGCAGCAGCAACUGCAGCAGCAGCAGCAGAAACCUGCUGCUUCCCGCUGGUGGCACCGACUCAAGCAAAGCUUGCUGCUGCCUGCGAAGGCGCUGUGCAGCGCUCUGAAGCUGUUUGCUGCAGUGCCGCAGCAGCGGCGGCUGCUGCAGCGCGGCGGCUUCAGCAGCAGCAGCAGCAGCAGCAGCGACCGCGGCGGCCAGUCCGCGGGCUGGAUGGACUCCGCCAACGUCGAGGGCCUCUUUUUGCUGCCGCUGAAGCUCAACGGCCUCGCCAGCACAGCAGAGAGGCUGCAGGAAAGAAUGCUGCAGGGCACUGUGCUGCCGGAGCCGCUGCGGCCGCGGAGCAUCGAGCGCAGCAAAACUUCUCAAAUAAGGAACUGGCUGAACAUUCACUACUGCCUGGACUUUCCUCCAGUUAUAUUUUUGAAAGGAAGAAGACUGGAGCUGACAAACAAGGAAGUGGCAAGACAAGCUGCUGCAGCGCUUUUUGCGGAGAUGCUGCGGGAGGCCCGCAGCGCCAAGGGCAGCAGCAGCAGCAGCAGCAGCAGCAGCAAAGCCGCCAGGGGGGAAAACGGGGAGCAGCAGAAGCAGCAGCAGCAGGGCGGGGGCCCACAAGAGGCCAGGCGCCUCAGCGCGGCCGAGCGCAGCAACUGGAGCAGCAGCCGACAGCAGCAGCAGCAGCAGCAGCAGCAGCAGCAAACCAGCAGCAGCAGCAGCUCAGACGACAUCGACAACAAAACUGUCUCCUCCCAGCCAGGCGCAGACACCCCAGGGAUAUUUGACUUUCAGCCCCCUGCAGCAGCACAGGACCCCACAGCGACGAACUGCUCAGCACCCUACCUGCAGCAGCAGCAGCAGCAGCAGCAGCAGCAGCAGCAGCAGCAAGAGGGCAGACAAGGCUCCGGCCCCACCCCAGACAAUGAGGGACUUAUGAGAUGGCAGCAGCAGCUGGGAGAGGCAACAGAUGCGCAGGAGGGCCCCACGCUGCCGCUUUUUGUUCUCAAGAACGAUUCUGCUGCUGAGCAGCAGCAGCAGCAGCAGCAGCAACCGCUGCUGCUGCUGCAGUCUCCGAUAGAGGCCAGUGGGGCCCUUCUCCCUGCCUCACAGGCCGGUGACCUCUUAACCCCCACUGAAGCAGCAGCAGCAGCAGCAGCAGACACCCCAAGGCCACCCGAAGAGUCCCCUGCCCCUAUUCGCCAAGACAAUGCGCAGCAGCAGCAGCAGCAGCAGCAGCAGCAACAGCAGCAAGGGAUUAAAGGCUCCUCUUUAAGGCAGGGGACUCUCCCGUUUUCUUUGGCCUUUGCAGCAAAUGAAAGCCCCGCCCAACGGGAGGGCAGCAGCGAGACUCUCGACGCCAGCGCAGCUACCCAGCAGCAGCAGCAGCAGCAACAGCAGCAGCAGCAGCAGCAGCAGCAGCAGCAGCAGCAAAGGCAAUCUGCGGUGUUGCUGCUGCGCCGUCUCUCUGCGAGGAGGCGGGGCAAGAGGCCGCGGAGGCCGCUGCUGGCAGCAGCAGCAGGAGGGCGGUGUCUGCAGCAGCAGCUGCAGCAAGGUCGAGAGAAGAGAAGCAGCAAAUUGCUGCUGCCCUCCGAACAGCAUUUAGAUGAGAGCAGCAGCAGCAAAGAAGACAAACAAAAAAAGGAAAAAGAAGAACUUCAGGCGAAACCAAACGCCAGCCCGCAGCACGGAACUGCUGCUGCUGCUGCGCUUGCUGCGGCCCUCCCCGCCACGCUGCGCCAGAAGCAGCAGCAGCAGCAGCAGCAGCAGCAGCAACUCGCGCUGCAGCAUCCCCCUUUUCCCAUGAUUGGCAGCAGCUCGCUGGAAACUGCUUCGAGGUCCGGGUGUACAGACACCCCGGAAAUGAGUUUGUGGGCAGCAGUGAGGCCGCCAUGUGUCAGCCAAAACAAUAAAGAGAAGCAAAUUCAAAGGACUGCAGCAGCAGCAGCAGCAGCAGCAGCAGCAGCAGCAGCAGACAGGGAGAAGGACGGCGGCUGCAGCACCGUAGGGCAACUGGACUCCACAGCAGCAGCAGCAGCAGCAGCAGCAGCAGAUGAGCAGCAGUUUCUUAGCAGGGAAAUCUUAGAACUCUAUCUUAAGCCCGAAGAAGCCGAAGAGUUCAUGAAGCAUGCAGAUCUAGCCGAUACUGCUGGUGCUGGUGCUGCUGCUGCUGCUGCUGCUUUUGCUGCUGACGCUGCCAGCCAGGCGAGCAUUGCUUCGACGGUGCUGCGGAUGAUGUCAGUGCUGCUGUGGUUUGUGGCAGUGAUUGUUUUGCUGCUGGUCUUGGGCGUCGAAAUGAACACCGUGGUCAUGUCCGGCGCGGCCUUUCUCUCCGCAAUCACCCUGGGCAUGUGGCUGACUUGCGUGGAGGGCUGGGGCAACUGGACGAAGGUGCUGAAGGUGCGUUCUGAGGUGUACGUACACCUCGUGAAGGUGCUCUCGGAGCUGCGCAUUUCCUUCCACCUGCCACAACAACCCGUUUCUCUCGUCAAAGAGGCUUUUCUGCUUCCCCCGCAAACUGCAAAGCAAGCCGGCGCCUCUUGA